AAAACAACGACCUAACCAAACAAAAACCUGUCAAGUUCCGGGUAAUUUGUUGGAUUUUUCAAUGUUUUCUGAAUUAAACUUGCACUAAAAAUGACACCGGUGUUUGCUGAAGCACUUCCCGAACAGGUGCACUCGAAAAGCAUAAUAGUCAUCCAUCCAGGGUCGUUAAACUUAAGAAUUGGUAGAGCGUCAGACUUAAACCCGGUAACAGUUUUACAUGCUAUUGCUAGGAGAAGACUACCUGGUGGAACACCUUUUAGCGACGAUUUCUUACCGCAACGCAUUGAUUUGAAUCAACCCCACGAAUUUGAUGAAGCGAGGUUGGCUGUGUCACAUACUUUACAAUCUUGUUUGCAAUCUGAUGGUCGUAGAAGGUAUGCAACGCCUCCACAACAGAUUGCGGCGUUUAACAGGAGAACAGAGCCAGAACAAAUUGCUGUCGAUGGUGGGGAAUGGGUAAAACAUGAAGGGGAUGUUGUAAUAGGCAAUGAUAUACUUCGUUUGGAUCCUGAUGAGAAAUAUAAUGUACAUUUUCCCUACAAAAGGGGUGAAUUUAAUAUUCACUCGGGUCCUAAUGGAUCAAUGACGGCUAUAAUAGCUGAUUUACAAACUAUUUGGACACAUAUUCUUGAGACCAACUUUCAAAUAGCACAGAAAGAUUUCAAGUUUCAUAAAGCUGUAUUGGUGAUACCUGAUGUGUAUAAUAGGGUUCACUUGAGGGAGCUCAUGUAUUUGCUGUUAAUAAAAAUGGGUUUUGGGAGUUGUUUUUUGGUUCAGGACCAUGUGGCAGCCACUUUUGGAUCUGGUUUGAGUUAUGCUUGCGUAGUAGAUGUUGGAGAUCAAAAAACAUCUGUCUCUUGUGUUGAGGAUGGUAUUUGCCAUCCUAACACAAGGGUAAGGCUUGAGUAUGGGGGUGGGGAUAUAACGCAAAUAUUUUAUUGGUUGCUACAAAAAUGCGCGUUUCCUUACAAAGAUUGUAGGGAUAAUAAUAAAUUGGAUACCAUGUUGUUGAGGAAGCUGAAGGAGGAUUUUUGCCAUGUUAACUUGGAUAUUUGCGGGUCACAGGAGAAGUCUUUUAUAUUAAAACAACCUGAAAAGCCGGUUUUUCAGUUUACCAUUCAGGUUGGGGAUGAAUGCAUAGUGGCGCCCCUUAGUCUUUUCAGUCCUGAGUUAUUUGGAAUUACAGGUGCAAAAGUAACUCAUACUCAGAAAGUAUCCUCAGGGGAUCCUGAAGAUCCUCACGACGAAAUUUAUUUACGAGAUAUUAGGCGGAAAGGUAUGAAGGAAAGUAUGGAACCUUCUGCCUCUGAUCUCCUGAGUGAAAACUAUUUGGAAAAUCAACAAAGUAAUGUAAAUGAUGAUGAUAUUGUGGUGGAUGCUAUGGAUCCAGUUGCCCCCAGCAAUGUUAGGGAGUUUGUUAUAAAUCCUGGACAAAUAUUAGGUUUAGAUCAAGCAGUUUUGCAGAGCAUUGACCGCUGCCCCAAUGAGGAACUCAAACGAAAAAUGUAUGCAUGCAUUUUAGUAGUUGGCGGUGGUAUGAAAUUUGCGGGUAUAACGACUUGGUUGCAAAACCGAAUAUCCCUACAAAUUCCCUAUUUAUACAGAGGGGAACAAUUGGACAUUAUUAUAAAUCCUAGGGAUAUGGAUUCUUCAAUGGUUGCCUGGAAGGGGGCCUGUAUAAUGUCUUGUCUGGAAACUGCACAUGAACUAUGGAUACAGGCCAGUGAAUGGGAAAAAUAUGGAGUUAGGGUAUUAAGAGAAAGAGCACCAUUUACCUGGUAAACAUAUUUUAAUUUGUAUUAGGUAUUAUACCUAUAAUGACUGACAAAUUUCGUAAAUAAAUCACAAAAUAGUCACCAAAAAUUUUGUACCCAGACAAUUUAAAAUGGAACCCCCUUUAAAACUUGAACAAGAAUAA